AUGGGAACAAGAACGUUAGAGAAGAGCGUGGCGGCCGAAUGGAACAUUGAGGGCAGUGGUCAUGGAAGGAAGUUCAUUGAUGAUAACCAGAAGUCUCCAGUGUGGCCCAAGAAUUUCUGUAGUCACUAUGGCUCUAUUUUCCCUUUUGCAACGGAGUCAAAACAGUUGGGAGGCACAGAUGAAGUUGGCCUUAAAACACCGAUCUUUUCGGAGAGAACCAGCACUGGCUUCACUGAAAGGAGUCUCUUACAGACACAAUCAGCUGAUUACGGAGGUGACGUGAACCGCAUAGGUGAAAAUACAUGUUCAAAAGCGGACAUAAGAAUCUUCCAAGCGCCAACGGGCACACUUCCCAAUGGGAUUCCAUCAUUCACAGUUGAGAUCCUAAACGCUUGCCCCUCAUCAGGCUGUAGCGUCUCCGAAGUUCACGUCAAAUGUGGGUGGUUUAGCUCAGUUCGGUUGAUUAACCCUCGAGUUUUCAAGCGAUUAUCCUUCGACGAUUGUUUAGUAAAAAAUGGUGACCCCCUCACCCCUGGAGAGGCCCUCUCUUUCCAAUAUGCCAACACCUUUCGAUAUCCGCUCUCAGUUUCUUCUAUUGCUGGUUGCUCAACUUAA